CAACCUUACAAGGCAAUAUACUCUUGCAUGUUACACUUAAAUCUGUCACUUUCAUUUUCUGCGAUGGACCUCAUGAGACUAUUGACGGUUGCACUUAUUUUGAUUUUGUGUGGUACUGAAACCUUGAGUGGUGAUGGGACACUUGUUCUUGACUACUACAAAGAAACGUGCCCAUUGGUGGAAGAGAUUGUGAGAGUCAAUGUCGAGAUUGCAGUGGCUAAAGAACCUCGAAUGGCUGCCUCGCUGCUUCGCUUACAUUUCCAUGAUUGUUUUGUCUUGGGGUGCGAUGCUUCAGUUCUAUUGGACACUAAUGGGGACAUGAUCAGUGAAAAGCAAGCUGUGCCUAACCUAAACUCACUUCGUGGAGUUGAGGUUAUUGAUGAGAUAAAGUACAUUUUGGAAAAGGCUUGUCCUUAUACAAUUUCUUGCGCUGAUAUUAUAGCCAUUGUUGCUCGUGAUGCUGUAGUAUCGAGAGGUGGGCCAGGAUGGGAUGUAUUGCUAGGCAGGAGAGAUUCACUGGAAGCAAGCUUCAGUGGCGCCAACCAAUUAAUCCCUGCUCCAAAUUCCUCUCUAGAGACUCUUAUUUCCAAUUUUAAACAACAUGGCCUUGACGUGGGGGACUUGGUUGCUUUAUCAGGUAGCCAUACGGUGGGAAAGGCAAGGUGUGUAAGCUUCAGGCAAAGGGUGUAUGAUGUUAGUGCCGAAGAACACUAUGAUCCUUUCAAGAGAUAUACAACCUUCCGAAGAAUCCUACGGUCCAUAUGCCCGAAAUCAGGAAGGGACAAUGAGCUUGCACCACUUGAUUUCACAACCCCGGCUAGAUUUGAUAACCACUACUACAUUAACCUCCUCCAAGGAAAUGGUUUGUUGGGUUCAGAUAAUGUGUUGGUCACUGAAGAUCAUGAGGGGUUGAUAAUAGAGCAGGUGUGGGCUUAUGCCUCUAAUCAAGAGCUCUUCUUUAAGGCAUUUGCGAAUUCUAUGGUCAAGAUGGGGAACAUCAACGUACUCACCGGAAAUGAAGGAGAAAUUAGGAGGAAGUGUAGGUUUGUCAACACCUAACUCAUGGAUAUGACCUUCUCAGAACUUUUUACUAUAUGGAUCUCACUUAUAGCGCUAAAAUUGCAAUCGGAAUACAUAGUUAACAUGUAAUAUAUGCGUACGAAACUUGUCAGAGAUAUCAUGACCCAACUACAUGUGUGUUCUUAGUGUGCUGAGAAGACAUAUUUUCAUUAUAUUUUUAGAAUAAAUCCUUUGAUUUUA